AUGAAAGCUCCAGAGGGCAUCAAUGAGCAUUGCCUAGUUCUAAUGGCAGAUAUCUUCCCAACCGGAUUCUUUGCAGCCCAAAACGGCUUCAAGCACUUCAAAAAAGAGCAGAUUCCGGAGUUGACCGUGGUCGUGAUGGGAUGUGGCCCCGUGGGACUCUGUGCUCUUAUCAACGCCGAGGAAUACAAGCCUAAGAACUUGCUGGCCGUUGAUUCGGUGCCUUCACGCCUUGAAUUGGCCAAGUCCCUUGGAGCAGAGCCAUGGAACUUCCAAACCGAUCGAGAGGGCCUUGAGAAGCGUGUUAAGGAGCUGACUGAUGGGCGUGGAGCUGAUAUUGUGAUCGAAGUUGUUGGCUUGAGUCCGGCCCUCAAGAUGGCGUUUGAUCUUCUGCGGCCGUGGGGGGUUAUUAGCAGCGUCGGCGUUCACAAUGCUGAGAUCCCAUGGAAUGGAAACCAGGCGUAUGGCAAGAAUCUCACCAUCCAGAUGGGGCGAUGCCCGGUGAGGUCGAUAUUCCCUGAAGCUCUCGCCAUGCUUGGGAAGAAGCAACACCUGCUCGGGUUCAUGGCGGAUAAGAUUAUGCCCCUAACUCAAGCGGUUGAGGGAUAUGAUAUUUUUGAUAAAAUGAAGGUCCAGAAAGUCAUUUUCAAGGCCGAUGAAUGA